AUGGCUGAAUUAUCGCUCGAAGCUCUUGCUGACCUGCAAACCCCCAAGGACCUUCACAUCUCGCCCGAUGGUCAUCGAGUGAUUUAUGCGCUGGAGCCUUUCUCUAGAAAGGACGAGCACGCAGUCGCAUCUAUCUGGGUCGCCGAGGUUGGCGCAGAGAAUUCGUCUCGUCAGAUCACGUCCGGAGUCUUCAAGGACCAGUCGCCUCGGUGGUCCCCUGACGGAAAAUUCAUUGCUUUCACUUCAGAUCGUGCGAAAAAGGGAAGCUCGUCGGCGCUUUACAUUCUGCCCAUUACUGGACUGGGUGGGGAAGCGUAUGCGAUCACAAAUCCAGACAAUAGGAAAGAUAUUUCCUCUUUCGAAUGGAGCCCCGAUGGCUCUCACAUUGCCUUUCUGAGCGAAGACGAGACCGAGAGCCAAAAUAACAGUGACGCGAGAGUCUUUGGAUUGAACUAUCAACGAUUGCGCCUUGUCAACGUUGCAACCCGGCAGGUCACUACAGUGAUCCGUGGCAACCAGCACGUCGAGCAAUUUGCAUGGAGUCGCGAUUCCGAAGACAUUGCCUAUACAGUACAGUCGAUCCCAGGGAUCGAUACAUCCUCGACUCGAAUAGAAAUCGUCAGCUUGCAGAACAGAAGCGCUAGGCAUUUCAUCGACUUCCGAGGACUUGUCACUACUCUUGCAUGGCCGCUGCCAGAUACCAUCUACUUCAUCGGCUCUGCCACUUCGCGAAAGGAAGCACGGCCGAAUUCAGUCUACGAAGCCAGGGUGCGCAAACGCCAAUGGGGCAGUUAUUUUGGCUGGGAAGGUGACGCGAUAGCUCUACACGUUACGAGGGAUUCGGUCGUUGCACGCGUGAAAAACACAGACCACGACGCAGCUCAUGCUUUGGGGAUUCCUGGCACUACGUGGCCCUUUGAGAGUUUCUUCAAAUCUGCCUUUGAAAUCACUUCGUUUGACGGCUUUCGGCUGCCCGACUCGGACAACUUUACACUGGCCAUUACUCGUAGCAGCCCUGAGAAGCCGAGCGAAGUCUGGUCUGUGACCGUGAGGAGCUCAAAGGGGAAAGAAGCUGAGAAGGACCAUGCAUUCACCCAACUUUCCUCCCACAAUUCUUCUUCUCCCUAUAAACUAGACCUCUCUGAGGCAGAAUACAUCUCCACACGGGCAUCUGACGGCCAAGAGCGUGGCGGAUGGCUAUUCAGACCAAAAUCCACAUCAUCAUUAUCAUCGUCACAAACGCCUCCCCCAACGGUUGUUCACUUGCACGGUGGCUCAUUCUACCAGGUGCUUCGAUCCUUUUCUGUAUCGCGCCAUCUAGAAGUCCCCUUGUUAACAGCUGCCGGUUAUGCAGUAUUAUUUCCCAAUUACCGUGGUAUCAGUAGCCAUGCUGAUUCCGCCGAUAUAUCUGCUGUUAUACGGAAAGCUAUUGCCAAGGGGCUCGUAGACAGCGGGCGAUUGGCACUUAGUGGAUCUCUGCAAGGUGGAAUCUUGUCUUCGUCUGUCCUUUCAAGGAAUGAAUUCAAAUUCAGGGCUGCUUUGUGCGGUCCUGGCGGUGGCGCCAGUUCAGCUGGUGCGGAAACACAGGGAGGCAGCAAUGCCAUCUCAUCUUCUCAAGGCACGCUGCCAGAUGUCUUUGGUACUAGGAGGGCCAACCCUGCCCCAGGCUUGAAGAGCACUAGGAUUCCGACUCUUAUUCUGCAGGGCGAAGAAGACGAUGGGGCGCUAUAUGCAAGAGCAUACUGGCGGGACUCGCAUCGGUCGAGCCAGCCUGUUGAGAUGGUACUCUAUCCGCGAGAGAACAGCCAGAUUCGCGAAAGAGAGCACCUGGUAGAUCUGUGGAAGAGGCAUUUGUGCUCGACGAUGGUUCAUCUAAAUGUGACCGCCUUUGUAGAGGCCUGGACUGCCCUGUACACACACUUCGAUGCCGUUGGUUAUAUCCCCCCUGAUUAUGUCGUCUAUCCUCCCUUCUCGCCUCCUCUACCGGCGCCGCAAGACUCUCUCAAUGUACAUCCAUUAGUCCUUGACCUCUUAUCACGGAUCCCGCACCCUGCGUCGUAUGAUAUCUCGGGCGCCUUUGAGAUCUUGCCGCGAACUCGUGGGUUGCCGUACACGGAGAAUGAUACACUGCAGCUUUCUCAGGAUCCCCUCACAUAUUAUUAUGAUGUGGCCCCAGAGGAAGGAGAAAAUUUUCUAUGGAAGCUGAAACCCGAGGAAGUCCUGAUGACUACCCAACUGCCCAAUGGCUUGUCACUAGUCUUGGAUGUCUCUACUGGGACUAUUCGAGAGUAUUCCACUACUGAAUUUCCUCCUGGAAAAUCGGAACAAUAUCUAAUACCCGAAAAUCCCGUGAACGCUCGCAAUUGGCCGGAGCUGCCUGCUGUCGAGACUAUCUGGUCUUAUGUUCAUAAGUUUGAAAGCCUAGAAUGGAUUGCCUUUAAAGGGAAUACCGAGUGCGGGAUUAUUGAAUUAUACGACGGAGAGCAUGCGGAGCUUAAACGAACCAUGAUCGAAGAUUACGGGUGGCCUCACGCUUUUAGAAGGGACGUUUGGAUUAAAGAACGUCGCGAGGUGUUGCGCAAUAUACGGGGGAGCCUUCCCCGAUACAACACACAUCUAGAUAUGCAAUGCUUUCAUUCACUACUCGAUCAAGGAUAUACUAUACACGACCUCGAUGAUUCACUUUUACUUCCGUGUAGGGUUCCUAACGAAUUACCAGGCGUGGUAGCAGUUGACAUGGAGGGUGAGACAACCAGAGAGGCUCCUACACAAUAUUCCCCUCCGAACCAGGUUGUAUUACAGUGA